AUGCAUCUCAUGUACACCCUCGACGCCGAGGGCAAGCGCAUCUACACCCUGAAAAAAGUUAUCGGCAGCCAAGUCGCAAAAUCCGCACAUCCCGCAAGAUUCUCGCCCGAUGACAAGUACUCAAGACACCGAGUGACUCUCAAGAAGCGAUAUGGUCUCCUCAUAACCCAGCAGAGUAUGUCUUCCAACUCGACGCGAACGGAAUUUUUACUAAUUUAG